AUGUCAUUUUUUGGAUUUGACCCGACAAAGCCACCACAGAGUGGGAAAGACAAUGAAGUCUACGAUUUCGAAAACACCUACGAUGGAUUGGGUGAACUAGAAGAAGACGAUGCAUUCAACACCGAAACUUUUGGAACUAGUGUUGCGGAAAUUAGAAAAGAUUUUGCUUUUGGCCAUGAUGAGUCGAAGCCAAGUACCAACCACCAGUCUUCUUCAGCGCCAGCUCAAACCAGAAGCUACGCACAAGCUGCACAAACAGCCCCGGUGAAUGAUGAUGAGUUUAUGCAAGAGCUUUGGGGUACUUCAAAUGCUCCUAGCAGUGGGGAUAAUGAAACAAGACAUCAAGAUGAUUCUAGACCUCAGUCAGAGAAGAAGAUAUUAUCGUUGGAGGAAAUUGAAGCUCAAUUAACUGUCAUUGAUCAAGUGCAACAACUGCAACAACCAGGUAUCCCACAGCAAGGCUUUAAUCAACAACCAGGACUGUUUCCGCCUCAGAAUUAUGGAGUACCUGGCAUGAUGCCACCCCCAAAUCAAUUUAAUGGCUACAUGUUUGGAGGUUAUAUGCAGCCUCCUUAUGGCUUUUCUGGUGGUGCUGGAGGUGCACCUACUCAUCAGUUGCCACCAUUGCAAGGUUUACCACCACAUAUCCAGCAACAGUACCAGCAACAGUACCAGCAACAACAGUCUAUUCCUCAAGGUCAACAGCCACCACAAGUUGCACAACACCAGCCUCAGCCUCAGCCUCAGCCUCAGCUUCCGACACAAGGAAAUGUUCAAAGGCAACAACCACCUUCAACUUCCCAUGAAGAUAAGAACAUCCAUGCACAACCGACACAGCAAAGGUCUCAGAAAGUAGACUUGUCGCAGUUUCCAGUUUUAGGUAAAGAAGCAUUGCAGCAACCUCAUCAUACUCACCAACAGCAAGCUUUAUUGCAGCAGCAACAGCAACAACAGCAACAACAGCAACAACAUAGACAGUACAAUCAUCAACCAACGCAACAACAGUUUCAAGAUCUUACACCAGAGCAGCAAGCCAAAGCUGCCAAGAGACUAGAAAAAGUGUCGAGGAUCAUGAAGUAUUCUGGAAUUAUGAACCCAAGGGACAAGGACUUUGUCACCAGAUUUCAAUUGUCCCAUAUUGUUACUGAAGACCCUUACAAUGAAGAUUUUUAUGCACAAGUUUAUAAAGUUAUCCAUCCAAAAGUGGUGAAUGGUAUUCCUCUGACAGCUCCUGGUCAACAGAAUAACUCAAUUGCGCAAGCUUAUUUAGAUCACAGUGGUCAUAGGUUAGGUGGACGCUUUAAGAGAGCUGAUGUCGCGUUGCAAAGGAUGCAGCAGCAAGUACAAAAGGCCGUCCAUGUUGCCAAGGGAAGACCAAAGUUUAACCAAUAUGCAAAAGAGGGUGCCUUGGGUAAAAUUUCAUUUGCUAGUGGAAAGAAACCAAGACAGCAAUUGGAAAUUAUUAGUAAAGCAGCGGAGAGAGAGAAGAACGAGAGUGCUUCCGAUGCCAAGAAAGAAGAUAUAAAGAGAUAUUCACGUAAGGAUAUUUUUGCAAUUUUGGAAAAUAUCAUCUCAGAGUUGAUGAAUGUGGAAAGUGAAUCUAGAGUUUCACCAAAUGUUGACACGACACAGUUGUGGGAAUCGAUGAAGGUUUUAGAUCAAGCGUCUUCUUCGGGUGAUGAUGAAGCUGAGGUUAAUCCAUUCAUUCAAUGUUUGAACUACAACAAGAUGUUGAAGGUUUUGGUUCGUCUUUUCAAAUUCUUGAGCCGUGAACAGAUCUUGACAAUAACAACCUUGGUCAUGUCCAAUUUGGAAAACUUGUCUGUAAUCAAAUAUGGCUCCUACACAACAUAUCCUGACAAGAAGGUCCCCGAAAACAUCUUGAAACUAGUUGAUGCAUAUUCAUUGACAUUCUCCAAAAUUUUGAUCAAUGCUGUGCUGGAAUUCAAGUUUAAUGAAAUCAUUGGGUUGUUGGUCAUUUUGAUUGAACACAACAAUGUAUCUUUUGUAUCAACAACCAAGAUUGGACUCACUAUUCUCACUACAUUGUUAUCGCGUGCUGAAUUGAUUAUUGGCGAGGGGCAAAUAUCAGCUACUGACUUAUCAGAGUGGACAUCGUGCUAUGAUGAAUUAUUCACCGCUUUAGAAUCGAGAAUCGCUGCUAUUUUCCCACCGCACCCUGUCGAUGUUGAUGAUGGGUCGUCGAAGGAAAAUUACAUUUGGCAGUUUUUGGCAACUUUAUCAUUGGGUGGUAAAUUAAGUCAUCAAAGAAUUAUAGUUGAUGAAGUUAGAGACGAAAUCUUUGGUGCUAUGAAUAGAGCUAAAGCCAUUGAUAAUCAAGACCUAGCAAACUUGUACAAGAAGCAGAAUUUGUUGAAUAAUUUGAAUAUGUUCCUUGUCGUGAUGGGAUUGGUUGCUGAUGAAAAUGAUAUCAAGGAACUUUAG